CGCGAGUUCUUCCAGUUGUACCAGAUCCCCUUUGACAGAGUAAAUGUGCUUGUUCUUGUCGCUGUCAAAAUUGAGCUGUCAGGGGUUUUUGUUUGUUUGCAGUAUUUCCGUCACAUGCCACAGCCUGCAGCCUGCCAGCUCACAGUUAUGUGCUCCGUGUUGGAGGUUUAGCGAGGUGCUAGCUGGCCCCUGUUUCCCUUUGUCACAGUUUACUGAAGGUGAAUCUGGAUUGGGCCCAGUAGGUCUGGUCCAUCUGCAGUUUCGUGUUGUUUUUCCCCCUUCUUGCUGUGCCAAUAUCCUCUGCCAGGUAAGUACUAAAAAAAAAAAAACCUGGGUGAUGGCUUGAUUUAUAUUAUAUUAAAUGUACACUUCUAUUUAUCAUCACACAGAAACAGUGCUCAUAUGGAUACCUGUUUAAAAGACUCACUUCUGCUUGUUUUAAAUAGAAUGAAACUGACUGACGGUAUGACAUAACAACAGCCAUAGAAAUAAACUACAGUAUCAAAUGGUGUUUUUAUCAUCUAAAAUUUUUUUUUGACCGAUUUAAAUCUCGUGGACGUAAAGGAAACGUAUUUGAAUCUACUAAGGCCGACGAUUCAGUGGACAUCUCAGCCACAGUAUUAUCUAUUUGGGACAUUCUUAAAAUAAAUGAAGUUAAUCGAUCCGCCCGCGGAGCCACGCCCCCUGCGCGUGACGCGUCUUGACUAGCUCGCAGGACCCGCGCGCCUCAGUGCGCCCUUGGUGCUGCAUGCCGGACUAUGCAAGAGGGUCGCAGCCUGGUUAGCGCGGCACGCGGAAAGUUCACAGUUCCUCGCGUGAGACCUAACGUGCAGUGUCUGUGCGCGCGUCAUGAAAUCCAAGGCGGAUUUUCUCCGCGCGGCGAGAGUAGCGUUUUAGUUCCAAACGUGUCGCGCGAGCCGUAGUUCACAGACAUGGGAAAUUUGGGAUGUCACAGGUCCAUCCCCAGGGAUCCUACGGAUUUCUGUCACGGCAAGCGCAAAUUUAGCGCGGCGUGUAACUUCAGCAACAUUCUGGUCAACCAGGAGCGUCUGAACAUCAACGCAGCGACCGAGGAGGAGCUCAUGACCCUACCGGGCGUGAAUCGCACGGUCGCGCGGAAUAUAGUGGAAUACCGGGAGUGCAUUGGGGGAUUCAGAAAAGUGGAAGACCUCGCGCUGGUCACUGGGGUCGGCGCCACCAAACUCGAGGCCGUCAAACUAGAAAUAUGCGUCUCGAGCAAGAGCGGGUCGUCUCAGCACUCGCCGUCUUCCGUACAGAAAGACCACGAGCACGGCGCUUGCACCGGCUUGAACAUAAACGCGGCCACGCCGGCUCAGCUCGUGAGCAUCCGCGGGAUCACCGAGAAACUAGCCAAGAACAUUGUUGACUAUCGCACCGCGCACGGUCCGUUCAGGAGCAUCGAGGACCUCGUUAAAGUUCCCCAGGUCAGUUCGUCGCUGCUGGACAGGAUUCGCUUCCAAAUCUUCGUGCAGCGCUCCAGAACUCCGUCAGCAGCCACGAGCGGCGGGCUGACAUGCGCCACGAAGUCGCAGCCCAGCCCGACGGCUCUCAGUCUGGCCAGUGGCGAGCUCGAGCUCCUUCCCGCGGGGCCGGUACGGAUCACGUCGGUCAGGCCUUACGUGGAGCCUCCGCCGGGCACGCGCGACGGUAAACCCGUGGUCCGAGUGGCCACCUGGAACCUGCAGCGAUGUUCCUACGAGAAAGCCAACAACCCCGGGGUCAGAGAGGUCGUCUGCAUGACCCUACUGGAGAAUGACAUCAAGCUUCUUGCUGUUCAGGACCUGGCUGAUCAGGAGGCUCUGGACAAGUUCUGCACAGAGCUGAAUCAGCCGUCUCUUUCCAGCGUGUGUAAGUGGAAAGGCCCUCCAGGGCUGUGGAAAUGUGCUACAUCUGGAAAACCUACUGGACAGUCCUGCACGGGUCCAGAGUACUCUGGAUUUCUCUGGGACACUUCAGCUGCCAUUCAGCUGAAGGAUGCCAUGGUGCUCGACAACUCUGGUGAUACUGGCACCAGCAGCCACACCCAGCCAAAAGCCUACGUGGCCCACUUUUCCAUCAAGUCGUCGGAGCUCACUGUGGUGAACAUGCACACUACGUCACUGCCGAGGGAACAGGAUGGGCGGAAACUCAGCUCUGAGGUGCUGAAAGCCCAUAAGCUGAGCCCCGGUGUACAGGAGAUUUUGAGAGACGAAAAGGCGGUGCUUGUUCUGGGGGGGUUCGGCCUACCCUCUGACUGCGCCGAGCUGGAGGCUCUGAGGAGAGAGAGACUGAGUGCCCUUCUGCCCCCAUCCGUCUACACCAACAUCAGCACCAGAGCACCACAGGGUUCACUCUGCCUGGACAACAUCUGGGCCAGUCGUGCCAUCAGGAAGAGCUACACAGGUCACUGCUUUGUGGUGAGGGAGGGCCUGACCAACCCCUGGAUUCCAGAUAACUGGUCGUGGGGCGGGGUGGUCUCAGAACACUGCCCCGUGGUCGCUGAGCUCUACACUGUUGCCAUGGUGAAGGAGAUGCUGCACAACAGGAGCAGCAUAGCAACGGUGGAGAGGGAACAUGUCUUCACUAAACAUGAGCGGUGACCUCUGACCUCAUUCAUGAUCGCUGUGUAGAUGGCCACAGCGAUGUGACUGAGGACAACCAGUGUGCGCGUGUGCGCGCGUGUGUGUGAGCGCGCGCGUAUGUGUGAGUGAGAGAGAGAGAGAGAGUGUGUGUGUG